AUGAAGCUACAAACGUUGCCACCUGAUUCCAUACCGCAACUUCUUGAUCUAAGUACUUUGGAUUUAAAGGCACUGCGGGAAUUGGCCGAUACGUUAGUGACACACAACAUUGCGAGCUAUAGAGCGCUUCAAGUCUCUGUUGAUGGCCACCCAGAUGCACGACAAUGGAAGAAAUUGCGUCAAAAAGAUGAUAUUCGUGUGUAUAAAGAGCGUGUAGUUACAUCCACAUCGUCGAAAUUAUGUAUCCCAUCACUGUUAUUGUUGGGUACAGUUGUGGGGAAACUAGAGGAUGUCAUGUUUGUGGCUUCAGUAGCUACAGAUGAGCAAAUGAAAUUGACAUCAAAGUGUAUGGAGGAUGGUGUGGUCGACUGCAAAGUCUUGCAUUCAAUCGUACAUCCGACAAACGAUGCACCGUUCCGUCACGUUGGCGUCAAAUGGAGAUUGCAUGACGGAAGGGACUAUGUAUGUCUAGAUGCUACGGGUAUUACUACAAAUAGCAAUGGAGAGCAAUUUGGUUUCAGUAUUUCGCACUCAAUUGCAUUCGCACAAGUACCGACAUUGGACAAAUUUGGCAUUGAGCGUGCGAACAUGUCGAUGUGCUGUCUAUUUCGUCAAAAAACAGACGACACAGUUGAGUGUUAUGCGAGAGGUUUUUAUGACUUUGGAAGUGACAGUAGCGAGCUGCUAACUAAUCUGUCGAUCAACGCAGUGGCUACACAGUGGCUAAGUUUUGCUAGAUUUAUAGAUUGCGCUGAAAUGAAGAAACUAGUGUGGCGUAUGCGCAAAAAUUCGGGUCUUCCAGUCAAUGGACCGAUGACUAUUGAGCCAUUGAAAGAAGUGACGAAUUUAAGCGCUAGUGCAAAGAAAAGUAGUCAUGGUUGUGGUAUAUGCAACCGUAGCUAUGGCUUUUCACUGCGACGGAUGUGUAAGAAUUGCCAACGCUGUGUGUGUUCUAACUGCAGCGUCAAGAAGCUCGUGUGUGUGUUAGCACCUGACCGCCGUACUGUGCUUGACAAGAAGCGCACAUUUUGUACCAUUUGCACUUGGGAGGUUAUUCAAAGCGAUGCUUUGGUGAUUGCAAGGGACCAAAUUCAUGAGCUACAGAGUCAACGGCUCAAAGCUCAAUGUCAGCCACAUGAUGACGAAUAUACAGACUAA